AUGCUCCUACCAAAUAUUGAAUCUACCCGCGCCGCGCCCUCCCGCCAGAGCUGUCCUGAGCCUCAGCCUACCUGCAAGCUGUCUGCAUCGUCGCCCGUCUGCUGGCUAUCCAGAAUGCUCCUACCAAAUAUUGAAUCUACCCGCGCCGCGCCCUCCCGCCAGAGCUGUCCUGAGCCUCAGCCUACCUGCAAGCUGUCUGCAUCGUCGCCCGCCUGCUGGCUAUCCAGAAUGCUCCUACCAAAUAUUGAAUCUACCCGCGCCGCGCCCUCCCGCCAGAGCUGUCCUGAGCCUCAGCCUACCUGCAAGCUGUCUGCAUCGUCGCCCGCCUGCUGGCUAUCCAGAAUGCUCCUACCAAAUAUUGAAUCUACCCGCGCCGCGCCCGCCCACCAGAGCUGUCCUGAGCCUCAGCCUACCUGCAAGCUGUCUGCAUCGUCGCCCGCCUGCUGGCUAUCCAGAAUGCUCCUACCAAAUAUUGAAUUUACCCGCGCCGCGCCCACCCAGCAGAGCUGUCCUGUGCCAACGUCUACUUGUAAGAAGCCGCAUCCUCGCAAUCCGGAGACUUCCCAAAAUGUUCGUAUCAAAUACCGAAUCUACCAGGGCCCCGACCCACCCAGCAGAGCUGUCAUGUGCCAACGUCUACGUGUAAGAAGCCCGCAUCCUCGCAAUCCGGAGACUCCCCAGAAUGUUCGUAUCAACGACCAUGGCUAG